GCGAGAUUCGAGACAGGUACCACGGUUAGCAGUGAUCCAGCCAAAUGCCUGCUCUGUCCGUCGACGACUUGGCCCUGGACCCUCGCCAGCUCGUGGAGCGACACGUGAACGAAUCUUUCUCGGACCACCGCACCACGCCCUUCGACGGCACGCGGCGGAUUUCGCAAUAUUCAGCGCGCAACCACGACAGCGUGGCAUCGCGAGUAUCUUCGGAUCUCGCUUCCUCGCGCCUUUCGAGCUUCGGCUUCAUUCCCGGGCACGAGGUCAUUGAAACUAGUGUGCGUUUCUUGGGGGUCACCCGCGUGGCAACGCACUGCGAGUUCAAGCUGCACGUAGACACGGUCAAGGAGCAAUUCGUGCUACGGAAGCGCUUCUCGCAGUUCCGCGAUCUGCGAUUGCAAUUGCUUCUAGACAGCAAGGCUACUACGAGCUCUACAAGUGAGAAAGGUCGCAGAGAUGAAUGCCGCAACGGAGCAUGUGUGCAGCUGGCACACCAGCUCUCCGCACUCAAGUUCCCGCGACGCAAGAUGAAGUUUAAAAUGCAUCGAGAUGACGAUAUCAAGAUCGCGAGAGAGCGACAGGCCCAGUUGCAGCAAUUCGUUGAGUUGAUUUUGGCGGUGUACCGAACAGCUUCCAAGCGCCAGGUACGCUGCUGCGUCAACUCGCAGUGCCGCGUACUCAAGGCGAUCCAAUCUUUCUUGGAUAUAAAAGACCUGGGCGACGACGUGUCCGACUGGAAAAUGGUUUGUAAUGGAACUACCAGCGGAGACGAAGUGCCGAUCCUGGAUACUCCUCCUUCCACAUCGUCGAACCCGUCGCCUUUGAGUAAGACAGCGUUUGAAGCUGCAACGUCCAACGAGUCGCCGAUUCGGAGAAAAACGUCGAUAAUGUAUCUCGAGGAGCUUUAUACUAUCACCGAGGACACUUGAGCAUGCCCACGUUUAAAUGACGGCGUCGAGACAGUUGGCAGUCUCCCCGCCUUGCACAAACAAGUACAAUAACCCGGACAACAACUCAUUUAGUCCCUCGUCAACUCGAGUCUCAUCGAAAAUUCAAGAAGAUGUUGCAAAAUCAAUAAUUAACCCCUU